CCCCUAACUUCCUCUCAUUUUCCCAUCUUUAACUUGCUCUUCCUUUCUCUCCCCCCAAAUCUAGAAAAACCUCCAUUCUCUCUCUUUCUCAAGUCUACAGAAAAAUGUCGAGCCGCCACUUUCUCCUCCUUGCCCUCUCUCUCCUCGCUGUAGUCUCCGCCGUAUCCGCGUCCAGGAAACACGGCGGCGCACUCGUCGGAGGAUACUCGCCGAUCAAGGACGUCUCCGAUCCGUACGUUCAAGGCGUCGGGCAAUUCGCGGUUACCGAAUACAACAAAGAUCAAAAGGCUCACCUGAAAUUUGUGAAGGUGGUGAAAGGUGAGUCACAGGUUGUCUCCGGGACGAAUUACCGUCUUUUUAUCGAGGCCGAUGAUAAUAGCCAGUACGUCGCUAUUGUCUAUGAUGUGCCGUGGCGACAUCAGAGGAGUCUAACCUCAUUUACACCUGCUGCUUAGGUUUUCUUUUGUCAAAUUUUGUGGUUUGUAUUAAUUAGAAAUUGUUGUGAGUUUUUAUGAAUAAUUAGUUAAAAAUGUUGUGAGCAUAAAGUGGUAUUUAUGGAAUAAGAGGUGAUUUUCGUUUUAUUA